CCUACUCGCCGACUGUCACAGGACGGAAAAGGAGAAUAGAAUAGAGAGAUUAUCCCCAAAUUACAAAAUCAUUUAUAAAAGAAAAAGAGGAAGAGAGAUCUAGAGAGAUUGAUUUCUCUGUUCUUGGUUGGUUGGUUGGUUUGCUUGUAAAAAUCCAAUCAUAAUAGUAAUAAUAAUAAUAAGUAGUAGUAGUAUUAUAAGAUGGAUAAUAAAAGCUGUCAAUCUUCAGGUGAUUCUUCUUCGGUUACCUCUAACAGUAGUAGAAGCAGUAACAGUGCUAGUGCUGCUACCAGAGAUCAGUAUCUCAAACACCUUAACAAGCUUUCUCAUAAAAUCUCAAAACCCAUCCUUAAAAAGCCAACCUUUGACGAUCCUAAUUUCAAUACACCACAGUCUCAAGCCCCUUCCCCUACUCCUCCACCACCACCACCUCCUCCGCCGCAGACCCAGACCCAAAAUAAUCUCCAGCCCCAACAGCACCAACACCAACCUCCCGUCUACAACAUCAAUAAGAAUGAUUUCAGAGACGUGGUUCAGAAGCUCACUGGCUCCCCAGCCCACGAGCGAUUCCCAGCGCCGCCUCCGCCUAUUCAUCAACCCAAGGCAGCCAGCUCCCGACUCCAGCGGAUACGUCCUCCGCCCUUAGCGCACCUCACCAAUCGGCCCCCACCUACCCUGCUAAACAGCGACGUUCCUCCUCCGCAGCAGACUGUAGCCAUGCCCAACUAUGGCUCAAUCGGUCGCCCACUCGGACCUUUGUCUCCUUUGCCACCUCUUCCGGCUGUUCACGGAGCCGCCGAGUCACCUGUCUCUGCUUACAUGCGGUUCCUUCAUAACUCAAUGUCCACCGUUGAUCCCAAUCAGAAACAAGCCUCGGGAUUCUCUCCGCUAGCACCUUUGGUCUCGCCUCGUUGGAGCAACUUUACACCACAACAGAACCAUCAUCCCGUUCCACCAUCGCUACCGCAGCAACAGCAGCAGCCGCAGGGGAUGCUUCCUCCACCUCCAGCGCCGUCUAUGAUGCCGUCAAAUUCUCAGUUCCAAUUUCCAACGUCGCCACUUCCAUUUGGGUGCCUGAACUCGCCCAAGUCACAAUACAAUCUGCUUUCACCUUCGUCGGGUCAGCUAGGGUUUCCUCAGCUCCCUCUUUCGCCUUCAGUACCCGUUCCAAGUCCUAGAUGGAGAAGUUUCUGACUUUUCAGGUAAACGGGAGUUUAUUGCUAAACGCUGUCGUUUUGGGGUUCUUUGUUCUUUUUUUUUUUUUUUUUUUUUUUUUUUUUAAAUUACAUUUUAAUUCUUGUCUUAAUUAUAUCUUUAUUUUUAUAUUUUUUGAUGUUUUAUUUGCUUUGUACAUUUGGGGUAUGGGAUGUUUAUUCAACACAAAUCAUAGUGGUUGGAUGGAAAUUAGUCCACCAUUGAGUUAACUUAGGGAGUUUGUUCUUUGUAAAUGGCAUAUUAGAAGACAUUUUGGGUUAAAGACAAACACAGAAAGAGAUCCUAGAUUUGUUCUUUGCUCAUGUUUGGAUCAAGUUAGGGGGAAGUUAUUAAUAUAUAUAUAGAUAGAAUCUGUGGUGGAGGGAUAUUACUGUUUUUAGUUAUUAAAUCUUGUGAAAAAAAUGUUGAUGGACUCAAUUUUCUUUAUGGGUCUUUUAAUGUCCUUCCUUUCGUUCCUUAUAUUUAUUUUUUUAUUUUUUAUUUUUUUUAUUUAAGUUGCAACCCAGUUCUUAAAGGUGAAAACUAGUCAUUGUAGUUCUUUUUCAA